AGAGCAGACACAGAGGGUUGCCAAGCCCGAGCCGGAACUGGGGCGGGAGCCGCACCUCACGCUUUCGGACAAGCUGGGCGCUACGUUCGGACCUUCAGACAACUGAGAGCGAAAGAGCCCGGCGUAGAGGAGGCGCCUCCGAGGCCUUGCCCACUAAUUCAAACUGCACCGCGUCCCCAUUUGGCGGAUAAACAGACUGAGGGCGCCCGGGACACGGCGGCUGGAAGGGAGAAGGAAGUAGACUGGUUUUCCAGCGGUUUCGGGCGACCAGCGCUUCCCCUUGCAGUGUAGGCGAAUGUCCACGCUCCGCUGCCCUUGCCCCACACCGCUACUAGCUAGUGUUCACGAAUCACGAAUGAAUGAAUCGGAGAUAUGGUACGCGAGAGGAAUCAGCGAGGCUCCAACGGCACACCCAGAGUCCUUUCCCAAACCGUACUCCGGGUACCUGGGAAAAAGGAACUUGGUCCAGCGAGCCUGCCCGCAAGCUAGCGGACUCCCAUCCUCACUUCAGCCCUUGGAAGCCUGCCACUAAGGCAGCCGGCGCUCCAGCCGCAGUGCCCGGUGAUUUGGGCAACCAGCUGGAGGCAAAGCUGGACAAGCCGACAGUCGUGCACUACCUCUGCUCCAAGAGGACAGACAGCUACUUCACACUCUGGCUGAACCUGGAACUGCUGCUGCCUGUCAUCAUUGACUGCUGGAUUGACAAUAUCAGGCUGGUCUACAACCGAACGUCCCGCACCACCCAGUUUCCUGAUGGUGUGGAUGUGCGUGUCCCUGGCUUUGGGAAGACCUUCUCACUGGAGUUCCUGGACCCCAGCAAAAGCAGUGUGGGUUCCUAUUUCCACACCAUGGUGGAGAACCUUGUGGGCUGGGGCUACACACGAGGUGAGGACGUGCGGGGGGCCCCCUAUGACUGGCGCCGAGCUCCAAAUGAAAACGGGCCCUACUUCCUGGCCCUCCGCGAGAUGAUCGAGGAGAUGCACCAGCUGUAUGGGGGCCCCGUGGUGCUGGCUGCCCACAGUAUGGGCAACAUGUACACGCUCUACUUUCUGCAGCAGCAGCCACAGGCCUGGAAGGACAAGUAUAUCCAUGCCUUUGUGGCACUGGGUCCGCCCUGGGGGGGCGUGGCCAAGACCCUGCGCGUCCUGGCCUCAGGAGACAACAACCGGAUCCCGGUCAUUGGGCCCCUGAAGAUCCGGGAGCAGCAGCGGUCUGCCGUCUCCACCAGCUGGCUGCUGCCCUACAACUACACCUGGUCACCCAAAAAGGUCUUCGUGCACACACCCACAGCCAACUACACGCUGCAGGACUAUCGCCGCUUCUUCCAGGACAUCGGCUUCGAAGACGGCUGGCUCAUGCGGCAGGACACGGAGGGGCUGGUUGAGGCCAUGGUGCCACCUGGCGUGCGACUGCACUGCCUCUACGGCACUGGUGUCCCUACACCAGACUCCUUCUACUAUGAAAGCUUCCCGGACCGCGACCCGAAAAUCUGCUUUGGUGAUGGUGACGGCACUGUGAACUUGCAGAGCGCCCUGCAGUGCCAGGCUUGGCGCGGCCGCCAGGAGCAAAAAGUGUCAUUGCAGGCACUGCCGGGCACCGAGCACAUCGCGAUGCUGGCCAACGCCACUACCCUGGCCUAUCUGAAACGCGUGCUCCUCGGGCCCUGAUUCCUAUGCUGGGCAGGGCUCUGGGAUGGCCUGGCCACCACUGCUUCUCCUGGCCUCUGGGGCAACCAUGGCACAUGAGUUGAGCAGUUUGUGACUGAUCAUCUAAGGCCCUGGAUCUUGGGUUGUGAAGUGGGGAAAUGCUGGGUUUUUUAUCCUUCCUCUCUGGGAAUGAGGAAGGAAGACAUAGUCUGAACUUACUUGAGGGACCCUUGGAAAGAAUGCUGCUGAUGGUGGAAUUGUGACCUCAGGACUGGCUCCGCAGGUGGAUUGGCUGGCACCUGGCCCCAAUCCCCAGUGCUGGGGCCUUGUGUUCCUCCUACCCCUGUGGCCUUUUCACACUCGCCCACCAGGGCCUGGCUCCUCAGCUUUCUUGUGAGGGAUGUUACUGAACUGUGGUCCCUAGGUUGGGCUCCUGGUCCCUAGGGUGUACCUUCUCACACAUUGGCCACAAGUUGGCCUGCUACUGGCCAUGGGUGGCUGGAGCUGCUGUCUUCGCUGUGGCCUAGCUGCUCACACAGCGUGACUGUGGCUUUCUGGGGGCAGCCCGGUUCCCCCUGCAGGCAGGGGUGGGUUAUGUUAUGUUAUCCAUGGUUCCCAGGCCCUGGGGCAUUCACUCCUACCUCCCUUACUUCUAAGAACAGCCUAGCUCAGGGCUGGGCAGCAGAUGGCCCCCCAGUUCUCGGGGCUGUGUCCCAGGAGCCCUGAUCUCCCUGGUUGGGCUGUUGCCCACAGUACUGAUGCUGCCUCCCUUGGCCCUGGGGCUGUGGGUCAAGAAUGAGAGCAGAGCCUGGUGCCAUGCCCUUUAGGUACUCAUGCAGAAAGAGAGCCCAAGGAAGCAGCCAAGGCCGAUCAGAGCCACACUGAGCUGCCCUCUUGCUGACCCUCCACCACACUGCCACUGCCCAGGAGCUCUCUAGCAUUCACACGGGCUGGCACAGGACUGAGAGGAGGUAGGACUCUUGCCCACUCUGCCCAGCACCCACCCCCACCAGGCAGCUCAGUGGUGUUUAGUCAGCAGGGACUCGCCCAGAAACUUGAGUGGGCCCCUGAGAGAGCCAGGGGCCUUAGGGGCCCCCUAGGGGUUUUCUUCCUUCUCCAGAGGUGCUGCAUGGAUCUCCCUGUGAUAGCAGGGAUGGAGGAUGUGGAUCUGCCUUGGUGGUCUCCAAGUGGGCAAUGCCUAAAGGCCAAGACUUGGGUCUAGCCUCUGGGGUGGAGCCCCAAAGCCACAGUCAGGCUGGACUGUGCUUCGCUCCUACAAGGUUUCUGUGAAGCGGAAUUUUCUCUGUUGCAUUCAUACCCAGCAUCUGUCUCUCCCUUUGUUCCUGAGUGGUGGGCCCCACGUGGGGCUCUGAGCAGGCUGUACCUCGAUUCUGGCAAUAAAAGUAUUCUGGAUGCUAUAAA